AUGGCAGCCGGGGUACUUUAUACUUAUCCGGAAAAUUUCCGUGCUUAUAAGGCUUUGAUAGCCGCACAGUAUUCCGGAGCCGACGUGAAAGUAGCCCCCAACUUCGUGUUCGGGGAAACUAAUAAGUCAAGCGACUUCCUCAAGAAAUUCCCAGCCGGCAAAGUGCCAGCCUAUGAAAGUGCCGAUGGGAAGGUUCUGCUGACCGAGAGCAAUGCCAUCGCUUACUAUGUGUCGAACGCCGCUCUCCGCGGGUCGGACGUGGCGUCUCAGGCGGCCGUGUUCCAGUGGGCCUCUUGGGCGGACGGGGAGCUGCUGCCCGCUGCCUGCGCCUGGGUCUUCCCUUACCUGGGCAUCAUGCAGUACAACAAAGUGAAUGUGGAGCGUGCAAAGUCGGACCUGCUGGCCGCCCUCAAGGUGUUGGACGAGCACCUCCUCACUCGCACGUUCCUGGUGUCGGAGCGAGUCACUCUGGCUGACAUCAUCGUCUUCUCCACACUCAUCCACGCCUUCCAGCAUGUACUAGACCCGUCGGUCCGCUCGUCUCUAGUGAAUGUGUGUCGCUGGUUCCUGACCAUGUCUCACCAGCCGCAAGUGUCCUCGGUGGUGGGGUCCGUGGCUCUGGCCGCCGCUCCGCCCGUGUACGACCCCAAGAAGUACCAGGAGCUCAGCAAGAAGCAGGACGGAGGCAAGAAAGACAAAAAAUCUGAGAAGAAAGAACAACCAAAGAAGAAAGAAAAAGAAGAAAAACCUGCUCCUCCGGCUGACGAUGAGUUUGAUGAGAAACCCAAGGAAUCCAAGGACCCAUUCGACUCACUCCCCAAGGGUACAUUCAACAUGGAUGACUUCAAGCGCUGCUACUCCAACGAGGACGAGGCGGUGUCCAUCCCUUACUUCUGGGAGAAGUUCGACCCUCAACACUACUCCAUCUGGUUUGCUGAAUACAAGUACCCCGAGGAGCUGUCUAAAGUGUUCAUGAGCUGUAACCUCAUCACAGGUAUGUUCCAGCGCCUGGACAAGAUGCGCAAGCAGGCGUUCUCGUCCGUGUGUCUGUUCGGUAAGGACGACGACUCGUCCAUCUCGGGCGUGUGGGUGUGGCGCGGGGACCAGCUCGCCUUCACGCUCAGCCCCGACUGGCAGGUGGGACCUCUCACAUAUUAA